CAAUUCUCAAGCUCUAUUCUACCAGAUUCCCUAAUUGUAGUCUCGCGCAACCAUUCAAAACUCCUUCCCUCUGUUCACAGUCAUUUGCCUCCCAUUCCCAACACUCAAAAUGACCACCUUGCCCCUCCCCACCCGCCUGGCAACCCCAACCGAUGGCCCUCAAAUUAGAGACCUAGUCGAAUCCGCCUUCCGCGCCACCGACACUCGCCCCAACUGGACGGGUGACCUCGCCCUGGGAGCGCGCUUCCACGUCACGGUAGACGACAUCCUCACCCGCAUCACGGAGGAAGAUAGUGCAAUCCUCAUCGCCACCGCCGCCGACGUCGACUCCAAUGAUGCGCCCAUUAUCGCCUGCGUCAGCAUGCGCAGACACGCGCCCGGCCUCGCUCGACUCUCGUACUUGGCGGUUAAUCAAAGAUAUCAGCAGGGGGGUCUUGGACGAAUGAUUCUGAGUCUCGCGGAAGGCCAUUGCCGCGACGUCUGGGGGGUGAAGCGGGUGGGAUUAAAUGCGUUAGAUACGCGGUUGGCGCUGAUAAGGUGGUAUGAGAGGUGCGGGUAUGCGCCCACUGGCGAGGUGACGAGGUUUCAGUUGCCGCCGGAUGUGCUGUCUUUUGUGGAGAUGGAGAAGGGGGUGGAGGGGGUGGUUAGGCUGAGUUGAAUGUGUGGAUGGGUAUGUGGGGUGCAGGAUUGGAUUUGGAGCGGCUGCGAAGGCAUUAAUUGAGGUCAAGCUCACGUUUCUGCCGGAUGGAAGCUAUGUUGUCGGUUAUUAAGGUAGAUAGAGAGUUUCAGGAAGAGUACUUACA